AUGGCGGCACGUGCGGAAGGUUUAGGCGUGCCCCGCUGCUCUGGAAUGUUCAGAGAAGCGCUGAUGGCUGUUGCAACCAUGAGUCAGGAGAUGAUUGCCGUGAAAGUGAAUUACCUCAAGAACACAUUCAGGUGGUCAGAAGCUGAGGUGUCCAUUGCUGUUAGUCGUUCUCCGAUGGUGCUGGUGAGGUCUAAUAACAUGCUGCGGAGCAAAUCAGAGUUCCUUAUCUCUGAGGUGAGGUUGGAACCGGUAUACAUUGCUCAUCGACCAGUAAUUCUUGGGCUCAACCUGGAGGGCCGGCUCAGGCCCCGACACUAUGUUAUGAGAUUUCUUAAGGCAAAUGGAUUGCUAGACUGCGACAGGAGCUACUUUUCUGCCUUCAUGGUGACAGAGAAGGUAUUCGUGGAGAAGUACAUAUGCCCUUACAAGGAAGUUGCACCACACCUUGCUGAAGACUAUGCUGACGCUUGCAGAGGGCAAGUGCCAACUAGAUUUAGAAUUGCAUGA